UACGUGGGACAGACUGUCAGUGGCAGACGAGAAGGCCUUGGAAUCCUACAAUUCGCUGAGGGGCCCGCGUUCCAAGGCGAGUGGAAAGAAGACGUGCCAUGCGGAGCAGGAGUGGAAAGGUACACGGACGGAACCAAGUACUCUGGAUUUUUCUUGGAGGGGAUGCGAGAUGGGUUGGGGAUUUUCACCCUGCCGAACAAGAUCUGCUACCUGGGAUGCUGGAAGGGAGGGAAG